AUGGGAAACAAACACUCUCAAGGAAAGAGGAAUCAUGGAGGAGAAUAUCUUAAAAGAUCCUCAAGUCAAACUCCAAGAAGCAUGUCCUCCAAUCAGCAUUCAUUGGAAAAAUCACGUCAUUCCUCUUUGGCCAAUUUAAAACAGCUAUUGAGAGGAAAUUCAAAAGAAAAUUUGAAACAAGUGUUCAAGAUGGCAGAGACCAUGAAUAAUGAUGCGACCAUCGUUGUGACAGCCCAUCCCAUGACAACUUUUGGUGAUUAUGAUUCUGGGAGGGAUAAGAAAGUGCCUCAACAGAAUGCCUGUUCCAAUAAUCAUCACAUUCCAGCUACGAGAUCACGUUCUUCUGCUCUCAUUAACGCAAUUCUCAUUAAGAAAUUGGAAGAAGGCAAAUAUCAACAACCUCCAAUCAAAAGUCCCGAAACUCCACAUACUGAGACAGCCAGACAAUUAAUGUUUCAUGAUGUUGGACUAUUUGGGUUUGAUCCUCGUUCCCCAACCCCAGAAGUUGCAAGAACGCCAAUCAAAAAACAAAGUGCAAUUCUCACGGGAGACCUAGAGGCAAGAGAAUUGAACAAAUUUAUGGAGUUGAGUGCCAUUCCAUUUGACGACGACCAUUUAAUGCUACACUCUCAAACUGCAUUCACCCCAACGGAAAGUAACAUGAUAUCAUCAGGAAGAAGUAUUAUGGAAGAUGAUGGUGACGAACACAACGAAUAUGCACCUGCCAGUAAGGAAGACACUCCAAAAUCCUCAAAAAGAGCUCCUUACGUGACCGAUCUUUCGAGUGAUGACUUGAUCAACACCUUUGUCUUGCCAUCGCCCAUUCUUGCAUUUGAUCCUAAUAAGCAACGUAAAUUACAACCCAAAGACAACAAGGAAAUCUAUGACAUACCCAUUUUGAACAUUGAUACAAAUAUUGAUAUUACAGUCAAAGAUCAGCUCACUGAAAAGCACCAAGAGACUGUAGUGGAGUCUAAUGAUGCACCAUCUACACAAAGUGCACUAGAUUUAGGACCAACAAUUCCUACGGAGAUUUGUAUACUUCACAAAGAGGACGAUUUUGAAAUACUGCCACACGACCUCAACCGUAUGGAACCAACGAAAGGUCAAAUAACGGCCACAGCAACAACCAUGAAAAAACUUCCUUCCCUUAAACCAGUGCCCUUUAAUACCCCCCAACCAUAUAAUGGAGGCUACAUGUCACCCUCUCCCUUACAUAGAGCAGCUGCCACUAAUUCAUCACCAUUUGGUAGUCACACCGUCGGUCAAAGCUCAGAAGAAAGUGUUUCAUCAAACUCGGAUGCUUCAAGUAGUACAGUAAGUUCGGUGUAUGCCACUCCAAAAACUCCAACCAGUAAUGACAACAAGGAAAAUUCAACCAAAGAAGACCCUAUUUUCACAAACAUGGCUGUCAUUACAAAUAACGGGGCCAAGUUUUUACCAAAGCCAACCAAAGAGGUGUCAUCAAGAACAAAUCAUAGAGAUCAUGCAGCAGCAACAAAAGUCGCCACUAAAAUCAAUCAACAUAGUUCCUCAAAAAAGGCUAACAAGAGUCCUUUGGGAGAUAUUUCCAACAAGUACAAUAAUUACAUUAGAUGA